GCCCCGCCCCCACCUCAUUCCUCUUCCCAGCUAUGGCCUCGCCUUCGCCGCAGACUCCGCCCCCUCAUCGGCUCCUCCCAACCACAGACCCCUCCCCCGUCAACCCCACACCCCAGUUACUAAUCCCUCCCCUGGCGGGCUCCACCUCCGACCCCUCCCGGAAGCGCCGGCAUAGAGUCCACACAUGGAGCGCGAGCCAAGAGCCUCCGAGGCCGCCCCUGAGGGGGCCGUGCUCUUCGCCUGGGGUGCAAAUAGCUACGGGCAACUUGGCCUUGGCCACAAGGAAGAUGUGCUUUUGCCCCAGCAACUGAAUGACUUCUGUAAACCUGAAUGUGUUAGGAGGAUCACGGGAGGAGGGGGCCACUCUGCUAUUGUCACAGAUGAAGGAGGCCUUUUUGUUUGUGGCCUGAACAAAGAUGGGCAAUUGGGGCUUGGUCACACAGAAGAUGUUCUGUAUUUUACCAUCUGCAGAUCCCUCCUUGGCUGCCCUGUCCAACAGGUUGCCUGCGGCUGGGAUUUUACCAUUAUUCUCACAGAAAAUGGUCAAGUUCUGUCAUGUGGAUCCAACUCCUUCGGCCAGUUAGGAGUUCCUCAUGGACCUCGAAGAUGUGUGGUUCCCCAGGGCAUUGAGCUCCUGAAAGAGAAGGUUGUUUGCAUUGCUGCUGGACUGAGGCAUGCUUUAGCUGCUACAGGGUUGGCUAUUUUUGCUCAGCAUGAUUCCCUGGAGAGUCAUCCAAGUUCAAGUGGCAUUGUGUUCCAGUGGGGAACUGGUUUGGCAUCAUCUGGACGGCGGUUAUGCCCUGGGCAGACUCUCCCAUUGUUUUUGACAGCAAAGGAGCCAAGCAGAGUGACAGGCCUGGAGAAUUCUAAAGCAAUCUGUGUUCUUGCUGGCUCAGAUCACUCAGCUUCGUUGACGGAUGCAGGAGAGCUGUAUGUUUGGGGAAGCAACAAGCACGGGCAACUGGCUUCCUUGGCUGCUUUCCUUCCUCUGCCCCAGAAAAUAGAAGCACAUUGUUUUCAGAAUGAAAAGGUCACUUAUGUCUGGAGUGGGUGGACACACCUGGUUGCUCAGACAGAAACUGGCAGAGUGUUUACCUGGGGCCGAGCGGACUAUGGUCAACUAGGGAGGAAGUUGGAGUCUCGUGAAGGCUGGAAACUACAGAGUCAUGAUUCAUCCCUCCCCUGCUCAGGACCACAGAAGAGCAUGCCUUCCUGUCUGCACUGCUUAACAGGAGCAGCUGAGGCUAACUGGUCUCCCAGGAGUCCUUCAGGAGUCACACAGCCUGUGAUGCCUGGGCACCCCUGAUGAUCCAGAGGAAGCCAGCAGCACACUGUAUUCAUGCAGUGAGGUGGCACCUCAGCUUCUAUGCAGUUAAAUGGCCAAAUUAAUUCACUGUUGUUAGCAGUCCUCCCAGCUGAGAAGACUCAUGGCAGUUCAGAAUGUUCUGGUGCAAGUGGGGGUGCUGAAGAAAGGUGGAUUUUUCUGUCUACACAAAUGCUCUUGCCUGAUGAACCUCGAUACAUCAUUACCUUGGAAGCCAAAGGUCUGGGGAGGUAGAUGGAGACAGGUUGGUGGGUAGAUAGAAAUCAGAGUAAUAAAGUCCAUCUUCCUUUUUAAGUUAGAAAGAAAAAACUCUUGUUUCUACCUUGUUGUCUAGCUUGUUUAUAUGUUUUUCUACUCUUCCUUCUUUCCUCUACACUAAUCUUCCUUUCUCUUUCUCCUUGCCUCACCCCUCUGUUCUUCCCACCCUUGUCCCAUUCUCCACUCUUUUAUCUUAUGUUUUCUGACAAUAUGAAAACAAGGAAUGGUAGGGAAAAUACAACACAUCACCAAACUCUUGCCCACUCCCCAGGUAACAGGGUCACUAUUUUGGAGAAGGAGUCCAGAAUGUAAUGUUCGCUGAUUCAGAGCUUAUCACAUUAUUAUGCAUUGUCCCACACAGUUUAUGUUGAUGAAAGCAAGGCUGUAGCCAAGUCAGGGAGGACCAAGAAACCAAGGCAGAAAUGGAUUACCUUUCCCUAAACUCCUUCAUUUCAUCAGUUUACUUUCCCUUGAUACCCCCAUGUACUCCUUCCUGUCUUCUCUGGUGGGCAGUAUAGAUGAUUGCAGCUUUGUUCAAGCAUCUACUUACCAUUGAGGUGCUGUGUGUUCACUUUCUUUAACGUGGUUCUGUGUCAUCCGUCCUAAAGAAGCAGGGGCUUUUCUGUCUCCUCAACCUAUUACUAGCAUGUCCUGUCAUUUCCUGCUCGCUCACUGUCCAUUAUUUCCAAGUCCCAAUGUUUUGGUCACUGACAACCUAAAAUAACUAAAGUCUCCUGUGAUCUUCAGCAAAAAGACCCACAGGAGGUGGAAGAGUCUGGGGCGCCUCAUGAUAUCAGGGGUCUAGAGUCCCUGGAGAGCCAGGGUUUCUCUAAUUUAACAUGUUGAACUGGAAGUCAGGACACCCAUGUUCUACACCUGGCUUGCCAAUAACUUGCUGCAUAGCUUUGAAUAAAUCACUGUCCUUUGAGUCCUGGUUUCCCCAUCUGUCAUAAGCUUUGGUGCCUGUAGGGGUGUAGAUAGAAGUUAAGCUUCUUAUACUGUAUUGUGACCAAUCUACACCCCUACUCAGGUAUAUUGUCUUUUAAAAUGCUUGGUGGGCCAAACAAAAAACAUCUGGGGGUUGUAUUUGAUACUCUCACUUGUUCUUUCCUCUCCCAUGGCAUACCUGGGACCACAACUGCAGAGUAAAGCCUUGGGACCAGUUUAAGCCCCCAGGGAUGUUACCAUGAGCACUGUAUCCCAGAGCCAAUAGCAGAGGCCCUAGCAACAUGUUUGCUGGCCAGAAGGGCCUUUACCACUUAGAGAGUUAGUAGCUGGUAAGGGCACAGUGGCCAUUAGCUUCUAGGGUUGGUCCCCUUUAGGGUCUCUCUUUCUUGGCCACUGACUGCCUGCUUUAUCCUUGAGUGUUAGGGCACUGGUCAGGAAGGGUACGACCAACCCAACCAAGCUUUACCCUGCUAACAAUGUAGGACACAUCUUGUGGAUGGAGGGAUUUCACAAAGGGCUCUAGAAUCCCAAGUUACUAAUGUCUUACCCAAUCAGGGGCCUUGUGGUCAUACAAUGCUGCUUGGGUCCUCUCCCCACGGAUUCCAUUUUAAGGUCAUCCUUACUGUUAGAAAGCUCAUCCUUCCUAUUUGUUUUUAUUACUACUCUGGGAGGUAGUAGGACAAGGACUUUUUAAGUAUAAUUUUAAAUUUCUGGUUAUAAAAAUAGUGCAUGCUCAUUGUAGGAUUAUAGAACAUCAAAACCAUCCAUAAUUUCACAACCUAGAGAAAACCACUUAUAACAUUCUAAUGCAUUUCCCAUCUUUUAUAUUUAUUUUUUAGAAAAUAAGAUACUGUGUGUAUUGUGUGUUUGCUUUAUAUCUAGAUUUUCUACCUGCAAUUAUAUUGGGAACAUAUUCUCCAUAUUAUUAAAUAUUCUGUAAAAUAAUCACUAACAUUAAGAAAUAAUAUUCCAUUAUUUGAAUAUUCCACAAUUCAUGUGAUUAUUUAUGGAAAUUUAGAUCCAAAUUUUUCCUACUAAAAAUUGUGUCAUGAUCAACAUAACUACUUCAGGGAUAUUGAAGGUUUGGCUCUGGACCAAUAAAGCAAAUAUCACAAUAAAGUGAGUCAAACAAAUUUUUUGGUUUCCCACUGUAAAGGUUAUGUUUACACUAUAUUG